AUGAGUGAAAUUAAGAAAGAAACACCCGUGGUAAAGAAAUCAUUGGCUGCAGCUAGCUCAGAGUAUUUUUCCGAAGAAAUUGAAGAAAUGACAAUCACCUCCGAUCACCCCAAAGACAAGGAACAACAAUACCCACCUCCGGUCAACACCGAUAACCACUAUGAACAACCACGUCACGUGAACCACCACCACCGUGAAGAACCACCUUUCUCUCCUCUUCCACCUCCCUUCGAUCAGUUUCGAAGUUACAGAGAAAUAUCGAUUCACCUUACUCACCUCCUCCUCCACCUUAUCCGCCUCAACCACCAGAACGUCGCUUGCCACUACUGUGAUGACGAUUCUUCUCUACCACCAACUCCAAACGCCAAUGGCUACAACCAAAAACCACCUGAUACCUUUGAUUACUACCUUGCCGACAUCAACCGUCUUGCACCACCAACACAACCUUCCCACCAUGUCUCUCCUCAGUGUAGCCACCAUAGCCUUCCCAUUCCUCCGAUUAUCUGCUCACACACUAACCACCAAAACCCCACAAAUUAUACGGACAAUAAAUCCACAUUUCGGGUGUAUACAAAGGCGAAAACAGAUUACUCUCUCACUAUCCGUAAUGGAAAAGUGAUUCUUGCUCCAACCAAUUCUUCUGAUCUUCACCAGCAUUGGAUCAAAGACGAUAAACUUGAUAGUCGCAUUAAUGAUGAAAAGGGCAAACCCGCUUUUGCCUUGGUCAACAAAGCCACAGGAGAGGCUAUGAAAUUCUCUAUCGGUGAAACUUAUCCGGUUCAGCUGAAGAAAUACAAUCCGGAUGAAGUCGACAUGAGUGUUCUUUGGAGCCAGGGCAAUGACUGCGGUGAUGGUUAUAGGGCAUUAAAGAACUUGGUGGCGUCCAUGAUGGAACGAAAGUUGUUUUGUGGAAAUGGAACGAAGGUGAUAACCAAAAGUGGAUCAUAUUCCCGUAUUGAUUUGUGUGAGUGA